UGCUUCCCUGGUGGUAUUUUGUGCGGGAGUGUCCUGAGCUUUCUUUUUCGUUUCUAUCCGUUCACUCUUCCGUUCCUCUUGGUUUCUCGUCCUUCUUCGAUUUCCACGACAAAAGUCAAAUCAAAAGAUGGCAGAAGACGAAGACUAUGAAGGUGAAUUGGAUGCCGAUGAGUUUGGUGAUGAGGAGCAGAUGGAUGAUUUAGAUUUGGAACCGGCUGAAGAUGACGCUGAAAGGAUACAAGUCGUAGAGGGAACGGAGAAAACGGCAUCUACGGAGCGCGUCACAACUCCAUUCAUGACAAAGUAUGAACGAGCACGGAUUCUUGGCACGAGGGCACUACAAAUUGCGAUGGGCGCACCAGUUAUGGUAGAAUUGGAAGGAGAAACUGAUCCACUGGAGAUCGCACGAAAGGAGCUCAAGCACCAGAAGAUACCGCUUAUCGUAAGAAGAUAUCUUCCUGAUGGUUCUUUUGAGGACUGGAGUGUCGAUGAAUUAGAUGUUACUGACUGGUGAUUUGAUAAUCAUUUUUAUUAUUUAUAUAUUUACUUGUUUUUGAAAAAGAGAAACUUAACAUGUGCAAAAAUCUUUGGUUAAGCAAAAAUACUGAUUUGAAGAGAAUGGAUUAUCUGACUUAUCAUGAAAUCAUAUCUACUAUGCGCAUGUUUUUACUUGUAUUUGUUUGCAUCUUACGCUGAAAAUGAAUACCAGAAAUUCCAUAAUUCCAUGCGUCCAGAAAUUCCAUGCGUCUUUUGCUGUGCCUAAGUGGUCUUUCUGGAAUAAUUCCACAAAAUAAAGCCCUGUUGGGGAAAAUCGAACAAGACGAAGAUUUGAAAUUUAUUGAAUUAAUUCUGGAACCGAUCUAAUGAUUUUGUUUGAAUUACUGUAAUAUACAUCCAUGUACAGUUUUACUUAAAUGUGGUAGUGUUUACAAAAAGAAACAAUACUUAUGCGAAACAGGUUUUCAAUCC